GUAAACAGCGCUUUAUAACAGCUAAAAGCUGCAUUGAAGGCAGAAAGGAUGCAUUGUUUGCAAUGAUCGCGCGAGCCACCUGAGCUGUUAGCCGCAAUGCUACUGAGUAGGCCUUUACCGGGGCUCUUUGGGUGAUUUCAGUUGUGCUGCUGCUGCCAAGUGGUUCACUAUGGCCCAGAACCAGGUGAUCCUGCAGUUCAGAUUCGCCACGUUUGGAGACUCUAUGCUGCAGAAGAUGAAUCUUCUUCGACACCAGAGACGCUUCUGUGACGUCAUUGUCCGCAUCAACCAGUUAGAGGUCCCUGGUCAUAAAGUAGUGUUUGCUGCUGGCUCGUCCUUCCUGAGGGACCAGUUUAUUUUACAGCAGGACUCCAAGGAGGUCCAGAUCUCUAUGAUCCAAGAGGCAGAAGUUGGCAGGCAGCUGCUGCUUUCUUGUUACACCGGCCAGCUGGAGUUUCCUGAACUGGAGCUUGUGCAUUACCUGACAGUGGCCAGCUUUCUCCAAAUGGGCCACAUUGUGGAGCAGUGCACCCAGGCCCUCAACAAGUUCAUCAAACCUCAGGCCUCCCGCCAGCUGGAGUUGGAUGUGGAAAUAAGGAGAGAGAAAGGAGGGGAAGGUUCCUCCUCCCAGGCUCAGAGGGAGCUUGAGCGUACUCAGGUGCGGACCGUACCUGAGGGAGUGGAGGAGGAUGAGGAGGACGAGGAGGAUGAAACAGUAGUUAUGGGAAAAGUUGAGGGAGAAAACAAUGUUGAGAGUGAUGAUGAAGAUGAUGAGGAUGAUGAUGUAAUAAUACAACCCAAGAGCCCUGUCCAGGUUUGGAGGAAGCGUCCAAGGCCAGGUUUGGUGGAAAAUGACAUCACCAUAGUGAAAGUGGAGUCUGUAAAUGAUGUCACCGAAAACACAAUCACUGGUCACUUCUCUGCCAGCCCCCCCGCUGCGCUGCACUCCCCCGAGCCCCAACACUCGCUCAUCAACUCCACUGUGGACAGCCGUGGCAGCGAGACAGCAGUCCCACCUGACAUGGCCGGUUAUCCCCUUAGCCCCCCUCCCUCGUCCCCGCCCACGGAGAAGCACAGCGGACACCAGAGGAACUAUGACAAACCGCUGCAGUGGUACCACCAGUGCCCUAAAUGUGCCAGGGUCUUCCGCCAGCUGGAGAACUAUGCCAACCACCUCAAGAUGCAUAAGUUGUUCAUGUGCCUCCUGUGUGGGAAGACCUUCACCCAGAAGGGAAACUUGCACCGACAUAUGCGCGUCCAUGCUGGCAUCAAGCCCUUCCAGUGCAAAAUAUGCGGCAAGACAUUCACCCAGAAAUGUUCACUUUUGGAUCACCUAAACUUGCACAGUGGGGACAAGCCGCACCGCUGCAACUAUUGCGACAUGGUGUUUGCUCACAAGCCUGUGCUACGAAAGCACCUCAAACAGAUCCACGGCAAGAACAGCUUUGACAACGCAAAUGAAGGCAGCCUGCAUGAGAGCGGCCUGGAGUUUGAUUUUGGGCGAAUGUAGAAUACCUUUGAAUUAUCUUAUUUCUUCAGAUAUAGGUGAUCAGUUCUCAAAGAUCGUCACUGUGGUUGACUUUA